GGGGCAUUUUGUUCCUUUAGCCAUUUGCCAGAUGCUGAAAAACCUAGAGGAAUUUCAUGAAAAAGAAGGAAGAAUCUAGCACUGAUUGUUAUUGGGACUUUUUUUUUAAAAAAAUUGGAAUCUGAGAAAUGAGAAAGGAAACAAUGAGCAGCAGAGUGGCUAUUCUUUAACGAUGUUGCCCAUUUAUAGUCUUUCUUUUUGCGCAACAAAUACAGUUUAUUCAAGGCUAAGCAAGAAUACUCUCCCAUCCAGAUCCACAUAGUUCAGAUGAGUUAUUCUGCCUGAACAACAUAUGUGAUUGUCCAGUCAUUCAAGAGCUCUGAACUCACCCCACUCUUCAAAAGACAGUGCCCGAAACCAGUCUGUGCCUGUUUGAUUUGAACAUACGAAAGGAGAAGUGAGUGUUCCUUCUGAUUUCCAGCAGCUGACCUGCAGACAUGGACUCAAUCUUGAAUUUACAGACCGAAGAGCCCGUGAAGAAGAGUACUCUGAAGAAAUAUAAAAUAAUCUGUGCGGUCCUUGCUGUUUUGCUGGUGGUCGUAUCACUUGGGUUAGGCCUAGGACUGGGACUUCGACGUCAAGAACAACCAGGGAGUUGCAGAAACAAAUGCCAAGAGCAAUUGUAUAGAGGAUUGGAAGGCUGCCAGUGUGAUACUGGAUGCAAACAGCGCCAGAACUGCUGUUGGGACUUUGAAGAAACCUGUGUGAAGCCAGCUCAAAUAUGGACCUGCAAUCCUAUCCGGUGUGGGGAGACUCGGCUAGCAAACAGCCUUUGCUCUUGCUCUGAAGACUGCAUGGAGAAAAAAGACUGCUGCCCUGAUUACAGAAGUGUUUGCAAAGGAGAAACACCCUGGGUGAAGGAAGAAUGCGGAUCUAAUGAGGCUCACCAGUGUCCCCCAGGAUUCGACCUGCCACCGGUUAUCCUGUUUUCAAUGGAUGGCUUUCGAGCUGAAUAUUUGCAAACAUGGAAUACUUUGAUGCCAAAUAUUAACAAACUCAAAACAUGUGGAGUACACUCACCGUACAUGAGAGCAGUCUAUCCAACUAAAACUUUCCCAAAUCAUUACACCAUUGUAACGGGCUUGUAUCCAGAAACCCACGGCAUUAUUGACAAUAGCAUGUAUGAUGUUAAUCUUAACAAAAACUUCUCCCUUUCUUCAAAUGAGAAAUUCAGUUCCGCCUGGUGGGGAGGCCAACCGAUCUGGUUGACUGCGAUGUAUCAAGGUUUGAAGGCCGGUACUUACUUCUGGCCAGGCUCUGAUGUGGCUAUUAAUGGAACAUAUCCCUCCCUGUACAAGAUAUACAACAAGCUUUCCCCAUAUGGAGAGAGGGUGUUUUCCAUACUGCGGUGGCUGGAUCUGCCUAAAUCAGAAAGACCGGACUUUUAUACUUUGUAUGUAGAAGAACCGGAUUCUGCGGGACAUUCAAGUGGACCAGUCAGUGGCAAUGUAAUUAAGAACUUGGAACUGGUGGAUCAGACUUUGGGGAUGUUAAUGGAUGGCCUGAAGCAAAGAAACUUACACAACUGCGUCAAUAUCAUCAUUCUGGCAGACCAUGGAAUGGAUAAAACCGACUGCAACCAAUUAGAAUUUAUGACCGAUUACUUUCCAAAAAUAGAUUUCUUCAUGUUUGAAGGGCCUGCAGCUCGCAUCCGGGCCAAAAACAUUCCCACGGACUUCUAUAGUUUUGACUCGGAAGGAAUUGUGAAAAACCUCAGCUGCCGUAAGGAAAAGCAGCAUUUCAAGCCAUACUUGACCCCUGACUUACCCAAGAGAUUUCACUACGCCAACAAUAUUCGUAUUGACAAAGUCCACCUUUAUGUAGACCGCCAAUGGAUGGCUGUAAGGAGCAAAGCCUAUACAUCCUGUGGAGGAGGAAACCAUGGUUAUGACAAUGAGUUUAAAAGUAUGGAGGCUAUCUUUCUGGCCCAUGGACCAGGUUUUAAAGAGAAGACUGAAGUGGAGCCCUUUGAAAAUAUUGAGAUUUAUAAUCUAUUGUGUGAUCUUUUGCACAUCCAACCAGCGCCCAACAAUGGGACUCAUGGGAGCUUAAACCAUCUUUUGAAGACACCUUUCUACAAACCAUCAUUCGCCCAAGAAGUGUCUAGCCCCACCGAAUGUCCCUUAGGCCCCACAACUCCAGAUACUUCAGGCUGUAAAUGUUCUUCGCAAGAUAUAGAUAGACUCAAUCAAAGGCUAAAUCUCAGCCCAUCUAAAGUAAACGAAGCAGUGAACAAACACUUACCAUAUGGAAGGCCUAAGGUUUUGCAGAGGAAGAACUAUUGUCAGCUUUUCCAAGAGGAAUAUGUGAGUGGAUUUGAUCGUGACAUCCAGAUGCCACUGUGGAGUGCUUAUACGAUUCUCAAGCCGGGAGACACAUCGCCUCUUCCUCCCAGCAUGACAGACUGUCUGCGGGCUGAUGUUAGGAUCCCUGCUGCUCAGAGCCAAAAGUGUUCCUUCUAUGAGAUGGCACAGAAUAUCACCCACGACUUCCUCUUUCCUCCCACCUUAAAUGAAACUGCCGAGAGUCAGUAUGAUGCUUUAAUUACCAGCAAUUUCAUCCCCAUGCACGAACAGUUCAGGAAAAUCUGGAACUACUUUCAUCGGACUCUGCUUAUAAAAUACGCUUCAGAAAGAAAUGGAGUGAAUGUGAUCAGUGGACCAAUAUUCGAUUACAACUACGAUGGCCACUUUGACACUCUAGAUGAAAUUAUGAAGCAUGCAGCCACUACUAUAGUUCCCAUACCAACUCACUACUUUGUGUUGCUGACGAGCUGUAAGGACAGGACCAACACUCCACUGAACUGCUCAGGCUCUCUGGAUACUCUGCCUUUCAUCCUCCCACACCGUCCAGACAAUAUCGAGAGCUGUGCUGGAAACAAAUCAGAGUCUGAGUGGGUUGAGGAAAGAGUUGAGGCUCACGCUGCACGUGCCCGAGAUGUGGAGUUGCUUACCGGGCUUGACUUUUAUCAGGAGAGCAAAUGGCCAGUCCCUGAGGUCUUGAAGCUCAAGACAUUUCUGCCCACUUUUGAAACUAUAAUUUGAACAGGUAAAAAUCACAUGGGAAAAUGUGGCCGAUGGGCUAUCUUUGCUGAAGGAUCCCUCUGGAAAGAACGCUGAUAAUAUUCUCCAAUGUGGAAAACCCAGAUGAGUCUUUCUCAACUCUUUGUUCUCCACAAACUCUUCUACUUCUUUUUCUACCUGAGGAUGCAGCCAUACCAUCAGGGAGUGGGAGGAAUGAUUUCCACUAUGAGAUCAUAUGAAUGGGUCGCUGGUUUUUCCCCAGAACGAGAAAACCUGUCCCAAAAUGUUGCUCAAAUAAUCAGCUCUGGUUACUCUAUCCUAUCAGAUGACAUCUGCCAGCUGAUGACAUUCCUUCCCUCAUACCACUUUGAGCUCUGACGACACAUUUCUGUGGGGGAUAAAAACACUUUAGUCUGGGUAGUGGAUUCAUCAAAUAGUUAAAGGGGAAGCCUAAAAUGACACUAUUUUUAUUGGAAUUUUAGCCAUCCUAAGUACAUUUAAAUCCACCACCAAGAAUGCCCCUGGAAAUGCAUUUUUUUGUUGUUGUUGUCGAUUAAUGUAGCAAAAGCCUUAAAGAAUGGGAGAGAUAAGACUACACAAGAUUCUCAGGUGAUCUUAAGCCACUGAUAGCAUAUCUUUCAUGAUGUUCCCAUGAUGUUCCCAAUUUUCGUGACGUGAAGUUGGACCGCACAUUACUUCUGAUUUUUGUACUGCCAUGCCAAAAUGAUUAUGAAUCAAUGUCAAAUUUACAGUUUUGAGAGUCUAGGAUAAAGACAUUGAUACGAACUUUCAUUAUGUCUUUGACUGUGCCACAUUCAACCCAAAAUGAUUCAGAAUGGAUUAAAGUGUAGGGUUAGGUGUUCAUUAUCAAUCUCGGAUUUAAACUAGAUUGUCUUGGAAAAUAUUUGCAAUUAACUCUAUCCCUGGAGCUAUGGGUACAGUUCCAAAACUUAGAGAAAAAUGUCUGUGUUAUGAAGAUAAUAAAUUUUGGCUACCACUAACCAAAUUUUCUGGAUUAAAAGAAAAAAAUCAAUUAGAUGUCCAUGACCUAAUUAGAAUAUAACUGCUGUCCAUAUAACGCAAGAUUGUAAAGCCCUUAUUGGCAGGGAACAGGACACUUUAUUUUGUAUUUCCCAAAUGCUUAAUGUAGUUCAUUGCACCAGCUGGGUGGUAAUAGUGAUACCAGUAACUGGCAGUUCUGAUGCCUGUCUAUUUGUUUUGAUGUCUGUCUCCCCCCUCCUAGACCGUGAGCCCUUUGUGGGCAGGGAUUGUCUCU